GAACAUAGACAGUGGAGAAAUCCUUAUGGGGAAGUGUUCUGUCUUCACCAAGUUUUAUUUUUUUCCAAUGAAAAAGUUAGUUUUGCUACAUUAGUCUUGCAACCGGUAUUUCAACUGCAGUGUCUGCACGAAUAAAAGGUUAUAUAACCUCAUUGUCAGUUGACUAGCCAGGUCUGUCAGACAUCCCGGGAAAAACGAAAGUUAGAGAGACAGAAGCGAAGAGUCAUGGAGAUGAAUAAGCUCAACGCAGAGAAGGAAAGCAAAGAAGACGAAGGGGCAAGUAAACCGAUGCUGGAGGUCAAAACUGAAGCUUUAGAGGAAGCAGAACCAGACCCUUACUGCAGACUACAAAAUCUACCUGAGGACGUCUAUUCAGAAGCUUGUUUUGGUGACUCUCCAGUUAAAACUAAAGCAGGCAAACAGACUGGGGGAAAUGCACAUCUGUACCGUGCUCUGUGUUUGUUCCUCACUGUAAUCUGCCUGAUCCUGCUGCUGGUCGUCAUUGUCCUCAGUCUGAAACUCCAAACUGGAUCCAAAGUCUGCCCGGAAAGAGAGGAAACAACUGCAGUGGACAAGCAAAACCCUUCAUUUGCAAAGCCCUGCGACUAUGACCAAUGCCAAGCCCAGUUCCCCUACCUUCAACCCCGUCAUAUUGGCUGCCAGCAGUGUGCUGACGGGUGGCUGACGUUUGAACAUUCGUGUUUUUACCUGUCCACCUUCAGGCUGAGUUGGGAUCAGAGCCAGAGGAACUGCACCUCUAGAGGAGGAUCUUUGGCUGUUAUCACCAGCCAGAGAGUUCAGAAUUUUCUGUCCAAGGAAGGGAACCUAAAAUACUGGAUUGGGCUGAGAAACAAAGCAAACAGAUGGACCUGGGUCAACAACACCGUGCUGCAGGAGAGUUACUGGGCCGAAAAUCAGUCACCAGGGGAUUGUGGGAUCCUGAACAGUGAAAGCCCACCUGAGAAGAAUUGGAUCAAAGCGUCAUGCGAAGCCCACACCUACUUCAUCUGCCAGCUGCACCUCUGAGAGCAUCAUCCUUUUUAACAGAAAAAUGAGCAAACCAAUUCUGUAUCAAUAAGUAUCAACUUGUCAAUAACAUUUCAAGUCAUAUAUCCUUCCACUUUCCACUUCAAUCAGUAGUAUCCAGCAAAAAAAAGAGAAUGAAGCUUUGUAGGUAAUAGAUUUUUAUGUAUUAAACCUGUGCAUGUUUAGUCAGAUUUUUUAAACUUAUCUUUUCUAGCAGAAUUGUGUCGCGUAAUUUGGACUCUAAUAUGUCAAUAAUGAUUCUUUUAAAGCCGUAAAAGCACUAAGCACGGAAUGACACACUAAUAUACUGAAUGAUUUCAUAUACUACUGUUUGUCUUUCUCACAAAUAGAGGGUUUAUUCUCAUAAAAAUGGUCAUGCAUCUA